AUGGCGGAGGAGGCCCCGAACAAGGAACGCUUCUUCCAAGCCCUGGACCUCUUGGAACAUCCGGAUGAUGACGCUCAGAAUGAAGAAGAUACUCGCCUGGAACUUCUGAUCUCUGGUUCGAGAGGGCACAGGCUUUCAAACCCGACUACAUCUCGUCGGCCGAGUCUAAUCACGCUUCCGCGGGCAAAUUCAGAUCCCCAGCCUUCUUCCACCGAGCCAGAGCCCCAAAGGAUGGGCAUCUCUUACGAAGAUAUAAAUAUCUCUUCAAGACUCACUGGCCCCAAAGUGCCGAGGGUGAAACGCUCCGCGACGACAGGCUCUAUGCUUGGAACCAAGAUUGGCGGCCCUGCAGCGAAGAAAAGAAGAGUGAGCAGUGUCAAAUCCAUCCCAGCAGAGCAGCAGAUUUUCAAAGAUCUCGUUUUCUUCUUCUUCCCCAAUAACGACGUCUCUCCGCUUCGGCGACUGCGUAUCCAGCGAGCACAGGAGUAUGGUGCCCAGCGAGCGAGAGAAUGGGCCACCGAUGUCACUCAUGUGAUCGUUGAUAAGGGUUUGACCUUCCAUGACCUCCUGACACACCUCAAGCUUGAGUAUUUUCCAGUCAGCAUGCUUACUUCAAAGCUAUAUUCGGCGCUUAUUUAUUCUCAGGUAAAUGUGAUCGUGGUCGACGAAUGCUACCCGUCAGACUGCAUCAAAUUUCACUCGGUCCUCAGUCCAUCUCAUGCACGUUUCCGUGUUGAUGGGACUCCAGGGCUUAUUGAAGACCAAGGCCCUCCUGCCGUUCGUGAAGCUAGGCUUCCUGACUCUCUACCGUUGAAACUCUCGGAAAGAGAACGAGCCCAGUCACCGGAACCUUCUCAGAUCCACGACAGCGGAAACUCGCCAGUUGUUCAGAGUUCUCCGGCGGCCGUCACUGAGCAAGUACAGUCCCACAUCGGCACAACCCUUCACGAGCGGGACUUGCUAGACGAUCUAAUCGAAGAGGCUAAAGCGACAAGCCAUCUUCCCUUGGAUCCGCUGGACCUCACCGACGACGAGACUACAGGGGAGACAUUUGAUGACGAGGCCCAGGGGUCAGACUCCGAAUUAGACAGACAGAGCCCAAAUGUCUCUAGAGACAAGGCGGCUGAAUCGUGGACCAAAAAUUUCUCCUGCAUGCAAAAGUAUGAGCCCAAUUUGCGAACUCACAAUCCGAACAACAGAACCAUCGAAGUCCUCCAGCAGAUGUCAGACUACUAUACGCGGACUGCAGAUCACUGGCGAGUUCUCGCCUAUCGCAAGGCGAUCAACGCCCUUCGAAGACAACCAAAGAAAAUCAACACACGAACGCAGGCUCUAUCGAUCUCCGGCAUUGGGACCGGCCUGGCAGACAAAAUCGAGGAAAUUGUCCUCACCAACCGGCUUCGUCGUCUUGACAAUACCAAUGGCACCCCCGAGGACCUGAUCAUCCAGGAGUUUCUCGGGGUGUACGGUGCGGGCCUUUCUCAAGCCUCCAAGUGGGUUGCGCAAGGUUACCGGUCGCUCAACGAUCUCCGUGAGAAGGCGUCCCUAACCAAGAACCAGCGGAUCGGGGUGGAGCGAUAUCACGACUUUGCGCAGCGUAUGCCUCGCAAGGAGGUCGAGGCCCACGGGGAGAUUGUUCGACGAGCGGUCCGGCAGGUCGACCGCGAUAUGCAGGUGACCAUCAUGGGCUCGUACCGACGGGGCGCGCUGGACUCGGGGGAUAUCGAUCUCAUGAUCACCAAGCCCAGGGUCACUCUAGAACACAUUCGGUCGUUGAUGAUCGAGACUAUCAUCCCCCAGCUGUUCGAGAACGGGUUCUUGCAGGUCGGCCUGGCCACCACGUCGCGGCAGGACGGAUCCAAGUGGCACGGAGCCUCCACCAUUCCUGGCAGCAACAUAUGGCGACGACUCGAUCUGCUCUUUGUGCCGGGGGACGAGAUCGGGGCGGCACUGAUCUACUUUACCGGUAAUGACAUCUUCAACCGUAGUAUGAGGCUGCUGGCGCGUAAGAAGGGCAUGUGUCUGAACCAGAAGGGACUCUACACCGAUGUGCUGAGGAAUGGACAGGCCAAGCUAACUUCUGGUCGGCUGGUGGAGAGUCGAGAUGAACAGCGUAUCUUUGCGGCUCUGGGGGUUCCGUGGCGGCCUCCGGAGCAUCGCAUCUGCUGA